UAAAGUAGUUGUUUGCUAUUUGUAUUGUAUUAUUAUUACAUCAGAGAUCCACUUCCCGCCGACGGUUAAGGACAAAAAACGACAAUAAAUAUCAACACUUUCUUAUUCAAAUCAACUUCAUCUCUCAUUUUACUUCUAUAUAACAUCAAAACUGUCUUCUUUCUAAUUCACUCCAUUUCAAUUCCUUUAAUAAUUAACCCAGAAAUAAAACACCACAUAAUAAUAAUAAUAGUAAUAACAAAUAUGGAAGCUUAUUCCUACUCUUCUUCUUCUUCAAACACUAGUAAAGUUCCUUACUACUCUUCUUCAUUGCACUCGGUUAAGAAAGCUGCAACGGCUAAGCCAUGGAAGAAGCUGGUGGCUCCUCUUCCACCGAAUCCGCCCCGAGUGUACAGAGUGGACCCCAUUAACUUCAGGGACCUUGUUCAGAAGCUGACGGCUGCGCCUGAGUUCCAGCUCGACCCACCACAGCAGCCGCAACCGCAGCCGCAGCUAAGGCUGCAGAGCUUGGCGCCGCCGCCGGUGCAAGCAGUUGGUCAGGUCCACCGCCCUGUGCCAGAAAAAGCAGCAUCGUUGUCUACGGUGUACAAGGAGUUCUCUGAGGUGUUACAAUACGAAAAGAAACCAAAUCAGAAUAAUAAUAAUAAUAAUAAAUUGGGAUCAGCUGAUAUUAACAACGUUGUUGGAUCGAGUUUUCUUGGUCUAAACUCCUCUUCUAUAUCAUCAUCAUCCAUAUCGUUAUCGCCUUCUACUAAUUCUCAUAACUGGUGCUCUUUUCUGUUGAGCCCCGGAACUCUCUCCAGUCUGGGGCAGAGUACAGUUCUUUAGACCAUCAUAUUACACACACAUAUAUAAUUGUUCAUUAUUGUAUAAUUACACUAGAGUUGGGUUCAGAUCAUAUUCCUAUGGAUCUUAAUUAGUUCGUGAUUUCCUUUUAUAUUUUGAUUUAAGAGUUGUUAGAUUAAUGUAUAACGGGAGUUUGUAAUGUGCUCGAUGGGAAGAGUACAGUCAUUUUAAUACUGCUCAAUAUCAAUAUUGUAAUUGCAUUUUAAUAACAAAAUGAAAAUAAAUAACACCCAUUUUUCUUAUAUA